AUGGUAGCAGCAGGAACAGGUGCACCUCUUGUCUCGGCCGCGAGGGCUCGGCUCUCUGGUCCCAUGGGCAUCAAAGGCAUUAUUGCAUCUGGCAAGACCACUGGCAUUGCGUUCUUCGCCUCACUUGGCGGUUUUGUAUAUGGCUACAACCAAGGCAUGUUUGCUCAGGUUUUGACCAUGAAUUCUUUCAUUAGGGCGACAAAUGGCUACGCUGAUGGUACUGGUCUUGCACAAGGUCUGCUGACAUCAAUCCUCGAACUCGGUGCCUGGGUCGGCACGCUCAUCAACGGUUAUCUGGCUGACGCUGUUGGCCGACGUUGGUGUGCACUGAUUGCCUGCGUUGUAUUCACGAUUGGUGUCAUCGUCCAAGCCUGCACGGAAAACAAAGACUACGUACUCGGAGGUCGCUUUGUUACUGGUCUCGGUGUUGGAUCUCUAUCAAUGGUUGUUCCGUUGUACAACGCUGAGUUGUCUCCUCCGGAGAUUAGAGGUAGUCUGGUAGCCGUACAACAGCUUGCUAUCACGUUCGGUAUCAUGAUCUCUUUCUGGAUCGGCUAUGGAACAAACUUCAUCGGAGGCACCGGGGACAGUCAGUCAUCUGCAGCUUGGCUUAUCCCUAUUUGUAUCCAAAUUCUCCCAGCCCUCGUCUUGGGAGCUGGCAUGACGAUGUUUAUGCCCGAAUCGCCUCGCCAUCUGAUGAAUCAAGGUCGUGAAGAGGAGGCACUUGCAACAUUGGCUCGUCUACGCAGCAAGAGCACCGAAGACCUGGGUGUGCGUGUUGAAUACCUCGAGAUCAAAGCCCUUCGUGACUUCGAGGUCGAGACCGCCCGCAGAAAGUAUCCCAACUAUCAAGACGGCAGCAGGAAGAGCAACUUCCUCAUUGGCUUCUAUGACUAUGCAUCAUUGGUCACCAAUCCAUCAUUGCGAAGACGAACCAUGGCUGCUUGCCUUACCAUGACAUUUCAGCAGUGGAACGGCAUCAACGCCAUCAACUACUAUGCACCCUUCAUUUUCCAGAAUUUCGGAUUCAAAGGCAACACCCUAUCACUAUUGGCUACCGGAGUUGUCGGUGUCCUUGAAUUCCUUCUGACCAUUCCUGCCGUCCUCUACGUUGACAAGUUUGGCCGCAAGUCAAUAUUGCUUGCUGGUGCGAUUGGUAUGGCUACAUGCCACUUUAUCGUCGCCGGUCUGGUGGGAUCUUACCAAAAUGACUGGCAGAACCACGUCGCGGCUGGAUGGGUGUGCAUCGCUCUGGUCUGGCUGUUUGUCGGAAAUUUCGCGUACAGCUGGGGUCCUGUGUCUUGGAUUGUCGUGUCCGAAGUAUUCCCUCUCAGCAUGCGUGCAAAGGGUGUCUCGCUCGGCGGUAGCGCUAAUUGGCUGAAUAACUUCGCGGUCGGGAUCUCAACCUCGCCUUUCAUCAGUACCUCCCAGUUCGGAGCGUUCAUCUUCUUCGGCUGCAUGACUGUCCUCGCUGCCUUGUGGGUUUACUUUGUUCUCCCUGAAACUAAAGGCCUUACUCUGGAGGAGAUGGAUGAGUUGUUCGGUGACGCUGGCUUCGCCGAGGCCGACAUGGCGCUGAAGCAGCAGAUUGAAAAAGACAUCGGUCUCACAGCUCUGUUGUAUGGUGAAGAUGAGCCUAUGAUGACAGAGAAGACCGAUGCUAAGACCAAGGGCGAGGAGAGGGAGUUCAAGGAGGACACAAAGAGUAUCAGCUUGUAA